GAUCGAUCAAAAAACUUUGUGAGUGAAGAGAGAAAUGGCAUCGAACGCGGCGGUUCCGUUCUGGAGAGCGGCGGGGAUGACGUAUAUAACAUACUCGAACAUCUGUGCGAAUCUCGUAAGGAACUGUCUCAAAGAACCAUUCAAAGCUGAAUCAAUCAAUCGCGAGAAGGUUCACUUCUCCCUCUCCAAAUGGUCCGAUGGAAAGCCUCAGAAACCAGGUUCCUUCCUCACGAUCCUUAUCCAGCUUUGUUCCAAUUUGAUCGAGAUCUAGCUUCUUCUUUGUAUGUUUUCUUCGUUUCUGCUUUCACUGAGUUUAAAAAAUGGGAGAUGAUGACAAAAAAUUGCUGCGAGUGUUCGAAUUUACGAAUGGGAGAGCUCUUUGUCUUUGUACUCAUUAGAUUCUACAUCACAAACUCAUUCAUGCCUUUUUGCUUCAUGUUUAUGUUUAGUCAAAAGUCAAAACUAUUUAGAUUUCUAAAUGUUUGAUACAUUUUUCUUCUUUCUAUAAACCUCCUAACUUAAC